AAUUUCAGGCAUUUUAUUGGCUUCCGGCGGGUCCUUCUUUCUUUUCUACGUCCCUGAGAGAGGCUAACGCCAAGAUGAACGACACCGUAACGGUCAGGACCCGGAAGUUUAUGACAAACCGGCUGCUUCAGAGGAAGCAGAUGGUUGUCGAUGUCUUGCAUCCAGGCAAGGCUACAGUCCCCAAGACUGAGAUCAGGGAGAAGCUCGCCAAAAUGUACAAGACCACUCCCGAUGUGGUGUUUGUAUUUGGCUUCAGGACCCAAUUUGGUGGUGGGAAAACGACAGGCUUUGCCAUGGUCUACGACUCUCUAGACUACGCCAAGAAGAACGAGCCCAAGCACAGACUGGCCAGGCACGGCCUCUAUGAGAAAAAGAAGUCCUCCAGGAAACAGCGCAAGGAACGCAAGAACAGAAUGAAGAAAGUACGAGGCACCAAGAAAGCCAGUGUUGGCGCCGCUGGCAAGAAGAAAUAAGGUGUCACUCAGGUAUACAAGCAGAAUGGGCAUGGUGUUCUAUUCUGUGUUGGACAUGACAUCCCAUGUCCUAAUAGACCUGUGUAUCUGCAUGUUUCACCCUAGUCUCCCACAGCCUUACCCUUUACCUCUCCAAACAUUCAAAUGACCCUUCUCUUCACUUUUAAAAUCCUAAUUUUACCCUCCCUAGACAAAGCCUUUCUUCCCCUUAAAUACAGCUGGCUUGUGCUAAUAUUUAAUUGUGUAUUUACCCACUUAUAAAUUUAAGUAUAUACCACUGGCAUCACUUCUUUUGGAGUUUGACUAUUGGUUAGCUAACAUCUUUAAAGAUUGUAUGCGAACAUUCACAAAUGCUAAAUGAAGGAAACAUUUAAGAAAGAUUGUCAAAACAGUUGACUGUCAAAAUGUUUAAACUGGUGAAUGAGACUAAAAUCGUUCAUGUUAACACCAGUGAAGGACACGUUUGGGCAUAUUAUCCUUAGCCUGACAUUUCAGACCAUUUCGCAAAUGUGUACAAAACAUGAUCUGUCUGAUUUAUCUUUCCCAUACUACAUUGCCCUGAGUUAAAUUCUGCAAUGUAACUAUAUCUAGCCAUGUAAAGUUAUUUUGUAAUGAUACAUGACAUAGGUCUGUAUAUCAUUACCUUUUUCUAGAUGCCCUAGUCAACUUCUUCCUAUAGUAAUACCUUUAGCUCCCAGAUGUAAUUUUGUCCCUGAGUAAUGUCAGUAGAUUGUAGACGCUUCCUUGAUGUUCCCUGACUUUUGUUUUCCUGUGUCCCAACAGUGAGACGGGUGAACCAGGAAAGAUCUUCGUGCUCAAGAUGUUCUUGUAUAUUGUCAUCAAAUAAAAAAAAGUUUGGAAAAAAAUUGAAAA